AUGGGUCGGGAAAGACUGUACGUGGGAGAAUUGCUCUCUGUCUUGAUAUGUGCUUACACAUCCCAGACGAUCAUUGAAUGCCUCAAAUAUGCCACCACUGGCGAGCUACCGCCCAACAGCAAGGGCGGAGCCUUCAUCCACGAUCCCAAGCUAUGUGGAGAAAAGGAGGUUCUUGCCCAAGUGAAGCUCGCGUUCAAGAGUACGUCGGGGGCUAAGAUGGUGGCGACCCGGAGUUUGCAGCUCACAGUGAAGAAGACAACGCGACAGCAGAAAACUCUGGAGGGCCAGCUCUUGAUGGUCAAGGAUGGCGAAAGGACUGCGAUCUCUUCCCGUGUUGCGGAGCUGGACCAGAUUAUGCCCCAGUACCUUGGUGUUUCUAAAGCGAUCCUCGACUCGGUCAUAUUCUGCCACCAGGACGAAAGUCUCUGGCCGAUGAGUGAGCCUUCUGUUCUAAAGAAAAAAUUUGAUGAGAUUUUCGAAGCCAUGAAAUACACCAAGGCUAUCGAGAACAUCAAAGCUCUAAGGAAGAAACAAAACGAAGAGCUUGCAAAAUACAAAAUUAUGGAGCAGCACGCGAAAGAGGACAAGGAUAAAGCCGAUCGUGCUGAAAAGAGAUCGAUCAAGCUUCAGGAGGAGAUCGAGGCCUUGCGCGAAGAGACACAUAAACUCUCGCAGGAGAUGCGGCAAGCUGCUGAGUUGGCCGACAAAGCUUGGAAGGAAUCAGAGAGCUACGCUCAAAUUAUCGGUGCCCUGGAAGGAAAGCGUAUUGAGGCUAAGAGCAUCCAGACGAGUAUCGAUAACUUAAAGCGGCAUCUGGUUGAAGUCGACGAACCAGACGAAUGGCUCCAGUCGACUUUGGAGCAGUUCGAGUCUAGGCAGAUCCAGCUCCAGAACCAGGAGGAAGAACAGAAGGAAAGGUAUAUGAAUAUCAAGGAACAGAUCGCGAGAGCCCGGCGACAGCUGGGUUUGAAGCAGGCCGAAUGCGGCAAGUUCGAAAAUGACAAAGCACAGUUUGAGCGACAGGUGGAAAGAAGGGAAAAUAUGAUCAAGGAAAUCGCGCGUCGAAAUAAUAUCCGCGGGUUUGACGACACUCUUGACGAAACCCAGAUUGAUGAAUUCAUGCAGAGGAUGCGGAAACUUGUCAAGGAUCACAACCAAGCCCUAGAGCGCACCAGAAAGGAGGGGCAGGCCGAGCUGCGAGAAACGCAAAAUAUUCUCAACCAGAUUGCACAGCGCAAAUCUGCGCUUCAGGAAAGCAAGAAUGUUGCAAGAAGGCAAAUUUCAGAGUAUGACAAAGAGGCAUCAAAGUAUCAAACCAGACUUGACGAGAUCGACGUCGAUGAGGGAACAAUCGCUGUUCUCGAAUCCAAAAAAGAAAGUGUCGAGGCUCGCUUAAGUAAACUCAAAGAGACUGCACGCACUGCUUCUUGGGACAAGGAAAUCCAAAAUGCCAAUGCCGAGCUCAAGUCCCUCGAGGACGAGAGCUCCCGGCUGAACGCAGAGCUCAUAGCGGGAACAAAAAAGGACCGGAGAUCUAGCUCGCUUGGAUCAUCUGAAGAAGGAGCUCAAAGAUCGCGAGCGCUGGCCAAGCUCAUAAGCCCAAGUUGGCAUCCUGAGACUUUAGAGCAAGAUUUCCAAAAGACUCUAGAGGAAGAAUCUAGGUCUCUGACGCUUGCAGAGCGUGAUCGUGAUGGAGUUGGAAGGGGGCUGGAACAUGUGGAGUUCAAGCUCAAGAACGUCAGGAAAGAACUGAGACAGCGGCAGAAAGAGCUUGACGAAUGCGUUAAAAGGAUUCGUGAGGCGAUCGAUGAUGAGCCUUCCGAGUAUCCUGACGUUGUCAAACAACGCCAAGCACAGCUAGAUAUGGCUAAAAGGGACGCAGACCAGUAUGCUGGGAUGGGUGAAUAUCUCAAUAAAUGUUUGGAAGCAGCGAAACAGAGAAAGGUUUGCAGAACCUGUGCAAGGCCGUUCAAGACAGAAGCAGAAUUCCAGGCGUUCAAAAAUAAAUUGGAAGCGCUUGUCAAGAAGGCCACCCAAGAUGCCGAGGAUGAAAAUCUGCAGCAACUCGAAGAGGACCUGGAAAAUGCGCGAGCAGCUAGUACUGAUUACGAUACAUGGGUUCGCCUGUCUCAGACUGAUAUCCCGGGCCUUGAGAAGGAAGAAGAGCAAUGUGAAUCUCAGAGGGAAGGGCUCUUGGCUAAGAUCGAAGAACACGACAAUAUUGUUAGUGAGCGGAUGGACAAGAAGAGAGAGGUUGAGUCUCUUACCAAAACGGUGGCGUCGAUUGUUCGAUAUGACGGCGAAAUCAAGUCUCUUCGAUCUCAAAUCCAGGAUCUUACUUCGAAACAGCAAGAUUCAGAUUCUUCACGGACUCUGGAGGACAUUCAAGACGAAAUUGCUGCCGUUGGAGAGAAGUCUCGGGCUGUCAAGAAAACCAUAUCGAAACUUACUGCCGAGAAGGACCAGUCGCGAACUGACAUAAACAAGCUGGAACUAGAAUUGAGAGACGUGCAAAGUAGUCUCGAUAACGCUAGCCACCAGUUGGAGAAGAAGUCUGGACUCGUUGCUCGGAUCGAAGAGUACAAGAAAUUGAUUGCCAAGCAGCGGGAGGCCAUUGAGAAAGCCGACGAAGACAUCGAGAAGCUUGCUCCCGAAAUGGCAAAAGCCCAAGCUAGGCAUGAUGAUAUCAGUCAACGUGCUGAAGCUAGAGAGAGGGAGCUGCAGCAAACUCUAUCGCACCUGUCUGAAAGCCUGCAUCAGCUGAACCUUGCAAAUGAGGAGAUCAAGUCCUACAAUGACCGAGGGGGGCCAGAUCAAUUAGCCAAGAGCAGGAAUGACUUGAGAGCGAUUGAGGAAGAGAUCAACUCCCUCGAAGCAGAACAGGCCAAUAUCACGCGGGAGAUAAACAAAAUCUCGGCUCAGUUGAAGGAUAGUGAGAAUACCAAACGGCAGUAUUCGGACAAUCUUGCCUACCGCCAGGCAUGCAGAGCGCUAGAGCAAGUGCAGGCGGAAAUCGAAAAGCUGGAGGCUCAAAACGCAGAGAUUGACCGUAAUCGCUUUAAGGAAGAAUCCGAGCGCUGGACCCGGAAACACAAUGCUCUCGCGGCACAGCAAGCAAGCAAGAUGGGCGAGAUGAAGUCCAAGGAUGAUCAGCUCAUGCAGCUCUUGGCGGACUGGAAUACCGAUUAUAAAGAUGCGGCACAGAAGUACAAGGAGGCUCAUAUAAAAGUGGAAACGACAAAGGCGGCUGUUGAAGACCUGGGUCGAUAUGGAAGCGCGCUUGACAAGGCCAUCAUGAAGUACCACAGCCUAAAGAUGGAGGAGAUUAACCGGAUCAUCGAAGAGCUGUGGCAAAAGACGUAUAGAGGCACCGAUGUAGAUACCAUCCAAAUCCGCUCCGACAAUGAAAAUGCCAAGGGAAACCGGUCUUAUAACUACCGUGUUGUCAUGGUCAAGCAAGGUGCUGAAAUGGACAUGCGUGGCCGUUGCAGCGCUGGGCAAAAGGUGCUUGCCAGUAUCAUUAUCCGUCUUGCUCUUGCAGAAUGUUUUGGCGUUAACUGCGGACUUAUUGCGCUUGAUGAGCCGACUACGAACCUUGACCGGGACAACAUUCGGUCUCUCGCUGAAUCGCUCCACGACAUCAUUAAGGCUCGUCAGCAGCAGGCUAAUUUCCAGCUGAUUGUCAUUACUCACGACGAAGAAUUUCUGCAUCAUAUGCAGUGCGGAGACUUCAGUGACUAUUAUUACCGAGUGUCAAGGAACGAGAAGCAGAAAUCGAUCAUUGAGAGGCAGUCUAUCGCUGAGGUUAUGUGA